AUGGAUGUAACAGCGUGGGAACUCGAACAAAUAAUCGGUUCGGCUUCAAGUGAAAAGGUCAAAUAUGGAAAGCGGAAAGCCGAAUACAGUCCUUUAGAGGAAAAGAGCAAACGUUUAAAAGCUGAAAACUCGGUUUCAAACCAUGAAAAAGUUGUCGAAACUCCAGUUACAAAGUCUGCUAUUGAAGAGCGCAAGCCUGCAACAAAUGAUUUAAUAAAUCCUGUCACUUAUAAAGAAAUACAAGGCAUUUUAGAACAUCGUAAUAAAUGCACAUUGAAAAUCCACGGACUCCCUGCCAAGACAACCAUAAAUGAAUUGGAAAAACUGGCUCCAGAAGCAAAAGCCUAUCGUUUACCAUGGAUAACUCGUCUUUACCGAUGCCAUGGAUUCGCCUUCCUGGAGUUCGAAUCAGAGGAACAAGCCUUGAUGCAUAAAGAAAAGCUCCACCAAAAACCUUAUGGUAACAAAACUUUAUUCGCCAGUGUUGGGAAGUUCAUCUCAGAAUGUAUUGAUGACUAUGAUUGCAAAAUGCUUGUCCUUUAUGGAGUAAAUUACAAUGUUAAGAAAGGUGAAAUAGCAAGAAAAUUUCCUUCUUCCACUAAUAUAUCACUCGAUAAAACUAGUCACUUAAAUGCUAGACAUAAACCUGGCGUCGCUUACUUGACUUUUGCAUCAGAAGAAGAUGCUGUGAAUGCCAUUAAAUGUAGGCAAGGUUGCUUAUUGAGAGGUCGAAAAGUAUCCGUUCUUUUCCACACAAAACAACAAGAAAAAAGUAAGAAUUGUCUUUUAGUUCGUGGCUUAAGUAAAAAGGUGAAUAAAGACGAUCUUCUGGCUGUAUUUCCUCAAGCAUCAACGGUUCAUAUUAAUCACUUUCGCGGUGAAGCUCGAAUUAUGUAUGAUUUAGAGGAGGAUUGUCUUUUGGACCAAAAACAAGCAAAAGAUGUGUCGAUCGGUGGUCGGAAAAUCCAGGUUUUUUCGAUUUCUGUUAAGAAAAAGGAUACAUCCCAUUCAUUACCUAAAACUGGACAGUCUGGAAUUUCUAACGCAGAUAAGGAUGUGCCAUCAAGUAUAGUAAUAGAUAGAUCUACUCUGCCUUUAUGUGAAGAAACCAUUUUUAAGUUAUUUCCAAAAGCAAUUGACUUCUGCAUACCCUCACAGUCAGUUUCUCAAAAUAGUGUGGCGUGUGUUAAAUUCGCCACUUUAUCACAAGCUAAAAGAGCGAUCAAAUCAUUAGAUGGCAAAUCAAUGCGAGCUAGAAUAGCCAAUCCGAAAAGAAUGAGACUUCUUGGCAUUUCUAAAACGUUUACUACAGAGAAAAAGGAUGGAACUAAUAUACCUCUUUUUCCUACUAAGGUCGAGCAUAAUAAAACUAGUCAGGAAGUCAAACGAAACAAGAAACACCACAGAUCUAAAGCUCGAUUUCCGAGUAAACAUGUAAAUUUCUAA